GAUUCUCAGCUUCUCAUCCAGAGAGAGAGAGAGAGAGUGGGGGGCGGUUAGGUAGUGUGCAGGCAUUGACCAAACACACAGAGACAGACACACACACCUCUCUCUCCCUGUUUCCCGAAAAAGAUAACGCGGUUUGUGAGACGGUCAAAGUGCCUCUUGUUCCUUUCUCCCUCCUUCUCUGCCUCCUCUGUCUCUCUCUUUCUGGAAGUGGACUGGUGGUGGCGGUGGAGAUGGUGGCAGGGGACUCCUCUUCCCUGUGCUGAUCAGUCGUGCUUCUUUGGUAUCGUUUUAGUUGGUGCGGGCCCGGAGGUCUGCACUCUUCUUCUUCUUCUUCUUUCUGGUCUCCGUUGUCCCAUCCAUUCAGGCCAUGGACGGGAAGCCGCCGUCGUACACCACAGUUGUCAACUCCAUACAGGCGCUCGGUCGGGGCUUCGAUGUCACCUCCGACAUACGCCUCCUCUACUGCAAGGGCGUCCAUGGCUCUCGCCUCGUUCACAUCGACGAGCAGCACACCCGGGAUCUCUCCUUCUCCCCUUCCCUAGUCGUUCCCGACGUAUCCAUCGACAUCGACAUCGACUUCUGCGGUGGGGACACAAAGCGGCAGAGCACUAGCGUGUAUUCCUUCCAUGAGAUGGCAGAGUAUUUCAACGAGCUGGCAGAUAUAUCUGGCAGUAAUCCUCUUGGUAGCUUCAAUGCAAUGUUCAACUUUACUGGUUCUUGGCAAGCAGAUGCAGCUGCUACAAAAUCCCUUGCCAUGGACGGCUUAUUCAUUUCACAUUUUCAUGUAAAGUUGGAGAAAACUGAUUUGGUUUUGCGGGAAGAUGUUAGACGUGCUGUUCCACAGACAUGGGAACCAUCAUCCUUGGCAAGUUUUAUCGAGAGCUUUGGUACACAUGUUAUUACAUCUAUCACAAUUGGUGGUAGAGAUGUGGUCUAUGUCAAACAGCAUCAUUCUUCUUUGCUGUCACCACCUGAAAUAAGCAACUAUAUAAAAGAAAUUGGUGAACAGAGGUUUUCGGACUUUGAGGGUCAGCAUAGCUCAGGUCCACUCAAAUCCAAGGACAAGGUUGCAGAUCAAUUCAAUUUCAAUAGCCAAGAAGUACAUCCUCAGCCUCUGGGUGCUCUAAACCCAAGUGGCAAAGAGGAUGUUACAGUCAUUUUCAGGCGGAGAGGAGGUGAUGAUCUUGUUCAAAGUCAUACGAAAUGGGCAACGACUGUAACUUCUGCACCUGAUGUCAUCAACAUGACCUUCUUGCCUAUUUCCUCCCUGCUUGGUGAAGUACCGGGAACAAAGCACCUUAAACGUGCUAUUGAGCUUUAUUUAGAGUACAAACCACCCAUAGAGGAGCUGCAGUACUUUCUGGAAUUUCAAAUCCCACGUGUAUGGGCGCCAAUUCAAAAUGCACUUCCUGGACCAAGAAAAGAACCUGUUUGUCCAUCUUUGCAGUUCAGCCUGAUGGGUGCAAAACUUUUUGUUAGUUCCGAGCAGGUCUCAGUUGGGCGUAAACCAGUGACUGGGCUUAGGCUCUGCCUUGAAGGAAGCAAGCAGAACCGGCUGUCAAUUCAUUUGCAACAUUUGGCAUCCUUGCCAAAAAUUUUACAACCUCACUGGGACACUCAUGUGGCUAUUGGAGCGCCCAAGUGGCAGGGCCCCGAAGAGCAGGACAGCAGGUGGUUUGAGCCUGUGAAAUGGAAGAACUUCUCUCAUGUUAGCACCGCCCCAAUUGAGCACACGGAGUCCUGCAUUGGUGACUUAUCUGGUGUUCAUAUUGUCACCGGUGCUCAACUUGGUGUUUGGGAUUUUGGAGCCAAGAGUGUCCUGUUCCUGAAAUUGUUGUUCUCAAGAGUUCCAGGGUGUACAAUAAGAAGGUCUGUCUGGGACCAUAAUCCUAGAACUGCUUGUCAGAGACUUGUCGAUGCUUCUUCAUCUUCAUCAACCUCCUCAACAGAUCUUACGAGGAAGGUUGAAGACAAAAAGCCUGAGGCUGCAAGCUUACAAGCUGGUAAGUUCAACAAAAUUGUGGACCUAACGGAAAUGACCAAGGGGCCACAAGAUGUGCCGGGGCAUUGGUUGGUCACUGGAGCUAAACUUGGAGUUGACAAGGGGAAGAUUGUGCUGCGUGUAAAGUACUCGUUACUGAACUACUGAGGUUAAAGUUUGCUAUUCUUUGAGAUAAUCUUCUCAUGUUUGGAUUGUUUCGCAUUCUUUGUGCUCGUCAGGGUUCUCCCUUGUUCAUAUGUAAAUUUUAUUGGCUUCAGAUAGGAAUAACCAUAAUGCAAAAUUUGUCAUUUCAUUGGAUUUUA